AUGAAGGUCUAUUCUUCAUCUCUUCUCGGGGCUCUGGCUAGUCUAACGAGUGCCUCAAGUCAAGGUCUCCUCUCUAAUAGUCAAGUCUCUCUCGGCGACUGGCAAACAGCCUACGAAAAAGCGUCUCUUUUUGUAGCCAAGCUCAAUACGACCGAGAAGAUUAAGCUCAUCACCGGUAGCAGUGUGAACACCACCGAUGGCGAAAGCUUCACUGCCCUUGAGUUCCUUGAUGGAAGUAUGGGUCUUCAGGAUUAUUACUAUGUCUCGGCUUUCAGCCAGUCUUCCGCUUUGGCAAUGACCUGGGAUAAGGAGGCUUUUUACGCGCAAGCCAAAGCCGUCGCUACCGAGUUCUACCUCAAGGGUAUUCAGGUUGUCAACGGGCCUACUUCUCAUCCAUUGGGUCGAACUCCGUGGGGUGGGCGUUUAGUUGAGACUUUCGGCUCCGAUCCGUACUUGAAUGGUAUUGCAACGGGUCUCAGCUCGAAGGCGUAUAAGGAUGCAGGUGUGAUUGCUGGUGCCAAGCAUUUCAUCUUGAACGAGCAGGAAACCAACCGUACGAGUAUGGGCGGCGACGGCGGCGGUGCAGGUGGAGGCCCUUCCUCUUCAUCAAGCUUCAACUCCUCCAUGAGUUCCUCGACGGGCUCGGCAACUGCAGCAGCACGACCUUCUUCUUCUGGUGUCAGUAGCGUCGCUAGCAGCUCAUCGUCAUCUUCCUCUUCUUCCUCUUCCGGUGCUCCGUACUCUUCCAAUGCCGAUGACAAGACAUUGCAUGAAACUUAUCUUUGGUCCUUUUACGACGCUGUGCACUCCGGCAUUGGGGGUGUCAUGUGUGCCAUGACUGAGGUUAACAACACCCUCUCAUGCGAAUCCUCAUCGCUUCUCAUGAAGCUUCUCAAGACUGAGCUUGGCUUCCCUGGAUUUGUUUUCCCGGAUACCAAUGCCCAGCAGCAUGCCCUCGCCUCUGCGACCAAUGGUCUUGACUAUGGUUCCGCUAGUCUAUGGACUACGUCUACCAUCGAGGGAUAUCUGAAAAAGCAUAACUUGACUGAGGCCCGUCUUAAUGAUAUGGCUAUCCGCAACCUUAUUGGUUACUACUAUGUCAACCUCGACAACGGCACCCAGCCCUCGACCGCCGACGAGGACGCGUACGUUGACGUUCGAUCCAACCAUGCUAAGCUGAUCCGCUCUCAUGGUGCAAAGUCUCUGAUUUUGCUGAAGAAUGUGGACAAUGCUCUGCCUUUAAACAGGCCCCACAAGAUGGCCAUUUUCGGCUCUCAUGCUCGUGCUGCCAUCGCUGGUCCUAAUAUGGAGUUCAGCGUUGAAGGUUCAGGCCCUACUUAUGAUGGCCAUCUUGCGACCGACUCUGGAUCAGGCCAAGGAUCUCUGCCAUACCUCAUCACCCCCGAGACUGCGUUGACCAUCAAAGCUAGCCAGGAUGGUACGAUGCUUCGCUGGGUUGCAAAUGAUACCUAUACUUCAAGUGGCGGCUCCACGCUUGUCGUACAAGGUUCUGACAGCACAUCUGUUACGCCUAGUAUUACUAACUAUGCAGAGAACAUGGAUGUCUGCCUUGUCUUCCUCAAUGCCCUCGCCGGCGAGGGUGCUGAUCGAACUGAACUUUACAACGAGGAUCAAGACGUUCUUGUCAACGAAGUUGCUGAUAACUGUAACAACACUAUCGUGGUAAUCAACACCGUUGGCGCCCGUCUUAUGGACCAGUGGAUUGAGCAUGAUAACAUCACUGCCAUUCUCUAUGGCAGUCUCUUGGGUCAGGAAUCUGGCAACUCAAUUGUGGAUGUGCUCUAUGGUGAUGUCAACCCCAGCGGACGACUAAUCUACACCAUCGCCAAGAAUGAGUCUGAUUACAAUGUUGACAUCUGUUAUACUCACAACUGCACAUUUACCGAAGGCAACUACAUCGACUAUCGGUACUUCGAUGCAUACAAUGUCACCCCUCGCUACGAGUUCGGCUACGGACUCUCCUACACUGACUUCACCUACUCGAACCUGAAGAUCAACUCGCCCUCCGAGCUUUCGACCUACCCGACCGGAAAGCUAUCCGUUGGAGGCUAUGAGGAUCUCUGGGAUACCGUUGCCAGUGCCAGCGUGACCGUCCAAAACACUGGAUCUGUCGAUGGUGCCGAUGUACCUCAGCUGUACAUCGAGUAUCCCAAGUCCGCGAAGCAGCCCGUUCGCCAAUUGCGUGGAUUCGACAACGUGGAUAUCAAGGCUGGUCAUAGUGAACACGUCAAGUUUGAACUCCGUCGUCGCGAUAUCUCAUACUGGGAUGUCAAGGCACAGAAGUGGGCUGUCGCACCUGGGAAGUACACUGUUUAUGUUGGUGCCAGUUCGAGGGAUCUGAGACUGCAUGGAACUUUCAACGUCCAGACCAAGGCGUGA